AUGUCUCCUAAGAAGGUUUGUUGCUUUUUACAUUUUUUUCCAAGAAUCAUAGAAGCUUUUUAAAAAAACUUUAAAGAGCCAAGAACAUAAAUUAGUAAUUUCUAGAGUCAUUUUCCGUAAUUUUCUGGUUUCGGAAUGCUUCUGCGUUUCUGAUAAUCAAUGAUUAGUAGAUCUUAAAGUUCGAACUCAUCAUUUUCAUUUUCUUUAAAUUUUUCUGAGUUUCAGAAUCAAAACCUUGGAUAUGCUUGCUGCGAUCGAUAUGCAGAGAAAGAUGGCCGGGCGAUAAUUUGGUUUAUUUUGAACUGAAAUCAAGAAUUCUCAAUUUUUACAGGGAAGGAAAUUAUUGGGACGAUGAUGAUGUCCAUGAUUGUGGUGAAAUUGAUUGGGAGACGAUGAAUAUCGUUGUGAAAAAGAUUUCGGCCCUUUUAUUGAAAUAUUGUGAGCCGGUUGGUGUUUUUCUCAUUUUUUAAUUUCAAUAAUUGGAGUUUAUGUCCAUUUCACCGCCAGAGAUGGCUCGGAAGAUUGAAAGUUUUUAUUUUCUUUUUUUUUUCGUUUCGAUGAAAACUUUCACAAUACAUCAAGUGAUCUGAAAUAUGCUACCUAAGAAGUUCAAUUUUUUGAAAAAUGUAGAAAAUGAGCAUAAAAAACCUAAUUUAAAGUACUAUUUGAAAAAUUAGGGAAAAAAUAUUUUUAGUUUUAUUAAUCGUUUUCGCGAACUUUUUGAAGAACUUUUUUUUCGGUCGAUUUUUUCAAGUACGGAAUUUUGAAAAUUCAAAUUUUUUCUGGAAAUUGAUAUCUUUUCACUAAAUAUACAUUAUUUUCUGAUCCAUCCAUGAAGUUUUCAGAAGGAUAGGAUCGCUGUUCUUUUUCCUCGCCUUGUUCAAUUGCCAAUGACAAUUGUGGCGGCGAUACGCGUUGGAGUGGUGCCAAUUAUUGUUGUGAGUAUUUUACACAUUUAUUCAGGACGAUUUCAUGAAGUGAUCAGAAAGUCGAAAUGGAAAAUUCAUGAAAUUAAAAAAAAAACGUUUUUUUUUUCAUUACAUGAUCCAGAUUUCUGCUCUAAUAACACUCAGAAAGUGGCGAAUCUACAGAGUUCUAUUAGAAAAUUUCAUUUUCUAUUCAGGAUCCUCUAACUUCUCCGGAAAAUCUGGCACAACUGAUUCAAGAACUCGCUCCAAAGGCCAUCAUCACUGUAGAUGGAUUUUUUCAAGCUCAAAAGCUUCACAAAGUCAUGGAGAAUGUGAACAGCGCUUUGAAACUUUGCCAGGUAGUUUUUUCAUAUUUUUUAAGGUUAGUAUUAAUCGAAAUUUCAGAAUCCUUGCCAAAAAGUCAUCGUUUUACGCCACGUGGCCCCGAAUGAUGGCGUUCCGCCUCCGUCGGUCAACGUUCCAGCUAAAAGACCUUUUUUUAUCUUCUUGAAGUAUGAAUAUAAAAUGUGAUAAAGAAAAAUUAUUUUUUUAGUAUGAAAUUUAUUUAAAUAUUGUGAUUUCUGCUCUUCUUGUUUUUUUUUUUUACUUUACAUGUUUCAUAGCCAAGUUUCAUUUUAUUGGUACUUUUUUUUUAUAUAUUAAACUGUUAAUUUUUGGCCUAAAGGGCUUCUUCAAAAAUUAGAGCAAACUAUAAUCAAUUUAUUCCGAUUUCUGAAAAAAAGAAAUAUCAUGUUUUUAAAAAUAGCUUUUUUUAACCUUUUUAUGUGAGUUUUUUUCAGGAAAUGUGACAGUUUUUUUCGUUGUAAUUUCAAAGUUUCGCAUAUUUCAUUUCAGAGGUUUCAAAAAUUUUUAUUGAAAGUAAUGUUGAUAGACUGUUUUUAUCUUCUUAGUUUAUAAGCAAUAGCUUUUUUCAAGUCUUCAGUUUUGACAGAACAGUAGUAGAAAGUUAUUUAAAAUUUCAAUUUUGCAUCUUUUUUUUCAGCUGAACCUGGACGAAACUCGAGAUGUUGAAUGGAGUGCUGAGUUUCUGAAAAUUGACGACGAUGUAAAAACAGACGAGUACAAGUUCAAAGGAAGCGACGUCGUUGCGAUUCUUCCGAAGUUGGGGUUUGGAAAGCUACUUAUAAAUUUACUUGGAAUAUUUUUCAGAGAAGAAAAACACUUCGAAGUGUUUUAUUCGGAUCUCCGUCAUGAGCUGGAAAUAACACAAAGGAUUCUCGAGAUUGACGACGAGGAUGACGAUGAAAUAACGGAUAAUAUUUUGGUUUUGGAUAAUCCGACGACGUUGGAAUCGUUGACCAAUAUGAUGACGCCUUGGUUUGGCGGCAGGACGCUGAUUUUGGUUUGUUGAUUUACUUGAAAGGAAUGAAAUGUCUUUUGAUAUUUCAAACUUUACACUAUUGUUUUAGAUAUAGUAAAAAACGUACAACCUUUUUUUUUGGAUUGAAAACUUUACAUUUUUUGAGAAUUUUAAAAAGCUAGUGAAGUACCAUUGUUUAGGAAUUACCAAUUUGUGACACGGCGUUUUUUUUUUUACGAUGACCCGCCCAUACUUUUUCCGUAAAGUGUAGAGUUUAGUGUGCAUGCACUGCGGCGCCCUCGCACAGGCCGUGUUGAAAGUAAUUUUUCACGAAAUGCAAAAUAAUAUUUGAGGACUAUUUUAAAUUUUGAGAUAUCGCUUAAGAACACGGGAACAGAAAAAUUGCGUUUUUUUUUAAAUGAGAAAACGAUUCGUCUCAGGACCUAUUGAACAUGCGCCUUUAAUAUUCCCUAUUUUUGUUUCCCAUUUUGUUUCGGAUUUUAAACUUUUUUUUUAUAUCAAUUUUUACUUGCAGUACGAAGGUCCCUUGGACUAUCCGGACCCGUCGCGACUCUCUCAAAUCGUUCUGAAACACCAGGUCAUGCCUGAAAAGUUCUAUUCAUUCUCGAACCGGCCGGAUUUCAGGCGACGUCGUUGGCCGCCGCGGAAAUCCCCGAAGAGCGACUGGAUCCCGAAUACCUGUCCCUUUUCAACGUCGAAAACCUUCGCCGAAUCUUCGGCUCGUCUGCUUCGCAUUUCCAACAAGCGUAUCCAAAUGUUCAUGUUUUGCGCAAAUAA